CAGGACACCGCCGUUACUUAAAAAAAAAAAAAAAGAUUAGCAUAUGGGACUUUUGUUGUGGUUCAUGGAAGCGUCCGGUUUUAUUCCGCUUUUGAAUCCGUUAUUUUUCCUCGAAUACAAGCGCGUGCUGGUCACUUAGAGGUCGGGGAAAAGUCGACCGCUGUCACUGAUUCAUGGGCUCAGCGCGGACCGCAGCGCCACACAUCUGCGUCAAGAGGCUGACACGGGGCUGACUUCAUUCAUCCAGGAUCCAGAUUUAGGGGACAUGAAGUUGUCUUUGGACAGUAUGGGCGUCCUGAAGGUCGUGCUGUUCAUCUUUGAGGCGUUUUUACUGACUGACUGCGCAAGAGGACCUCCACGGGUGUCGGAGAAGGUUGCUCACAGGCAGAUGGCCCGGCUUGGGAGCGCCGUUAAGCUGCCGUGUCCAGUGGAGGGAGACCCUCCGCCCCUCAUCAUGUGGACCAAAGAUGGGCGCAACAUCCACAGCGGCUGGAUCCGUUUCCGUAUACUCCGCAUGGGCCUGAAGAUCAAGGAGGUGGAGGCCGACGACACGGGGACCUACAUCUGCAAAGCCACCAACGGCUUUGGUAGCGUCAACAUCAACUACACCCUCAUCGUCAUCGAUGACUCGGGUUCGGCUAAAACUGGAGCCGUGGUGGCUGAUGGAGCGGAGUCUGACCCGGGCUCCGAUGGCUUGUCUGAUAAACUUGUGCGUCCACGCUUCACCCAGCCCGCUAAGAUGAGAAAACGGGUGAUCGCUCGUCCUGUUGGCAGCUCGGUGCGGCUCAAAUGCGCAGCCAGUGGAAAUCCUCGGCCGGACAUCGUGUGGCUGAAGGACGACAGGCCGCUGACGGAGCGGGAGGUCGGCGAGGGCCGUCAGAAGAAGUGGACUCUGAGUCUGAAGAACCUGGCGCCAGAGCACAGCGGCAGAUACACCUGCAACGUCUCCAAUCGGGCUGGGGAGAUCAACGCCACGUAUAAAGUCGAGGUCAUCCAGAGGACAAACUCCAAGCCCGUUUUGACCGGCACCCACCCGGUCAACACGACGGUGGACUACGGGGGCACCACGUCGUUUCAGUGCAAAGUGAGGAGUGACGUCAAGCCGGUCAUUCAGUGGCUCAAACGCGUGGAGUCCAACGAGGAAAGCCGCUACAACUCCACCAUUGAGGUGGGAGAGCACCGGUUCGUGGUGCUGCCCAUGGGGGCGGUGUGGUCCCGACCCGACGGCUCCUACCUCAACAAGCUGCUCAUUACCCGCGCCAAGGAGGACGACGCUGGCAUGUACAUCUGCUUAGGCGCCAACACCAUGGGCUACAGCUUCCGCAGCGCCUUCCUCACUGUGCUGCCAGACACAAAGCCUCCCAUCAUGCCCAUGUUCUCGCCAACCUCCAGCUCCCUCCCCUGGCCGGUCAUCAUUGGCAUCCCUGCUGGAAUAGUGUUCAUCUUUGGCACAGUGCUGCUGUGGUUUUGCCAGAGCAGGAAGCACUGCCCUCCCCCUCCCGGUGCUCCAGCCGCAGCUGCGCAGGUACUGCAGAGCUCCCACCGGCCGCCGUAUCGGGAGCGGGACCGGGGCUGCGUGGCUUUGUCCUCCGGCUCGGACAAAGACUGCAUGAGCUCCUCGAACUAUGAGGAGUACCUGGCACAGCAGCAGCUCCUCCUCACCCAGGGAGGAGCAACAACCCACCCUAAAGUCUACCCCAAGAUCUACACGGACAUUCACACACACACUCACUCGCACGUGGACGGGAAAGUGCAUCAGCAUCAACACAUUCAUUUUCAGUGUUAGCCACAUAUCCCCCACGGACUGCUCCGGUACCUCGGAGGGACAAUCAGCUCUGGACUUCGUUGCAGCUCCUGAACGGCAUUACUCUUCAGGGACUCUUCUCAUUGCUGAAGAGUGGACAUGGAGAAAAACAGCAGUGGCCAGUAAUACACACCUUGUGUUUUUACAUCCAAACUUCCAUAUUUGGUGUGUUUUUUUGUACCUGCCUCACACCACUAAAAUCCAUUAAUCCUUGUUGUGCACUUAAUACAAAAAGGACAAGGACAUUUUUGUAUGUGAGUUUAAUUACAGCUAUUCGGGCCAGCUGAAAGGUCUUCCUCAGCAACUGACUUUUGCAUUUUCCUACUUGAGGUGUAGCUGAAGAUGGAGGUUUUACCUUUCACUUAUUCAGCUGUUGGAGCGCAGCCUGGUAAUGAAGACAGAAACGGUACUCAAGAUUUUCAAAAGGGCUGGUUUUGAGCCCUACUCAGGUAGUCUUGUUUUUUAAAAUAAUGUUUGGAACGCUGACCACUAUCCUUUACCCUUCUCCAUGCCUCACUUUUUCUUCUCUGGUAAAAGUGAUAGAGUAGACUGGAGGGUUUUUAUAGCUUUUUUAAAAAUGGCAUUCAAACCUUGCCUAAGACUGCAAGGGAUGGAAUAAUUGCGGUUCCAUGUCAACUGAAUUGGUCUUUCUUAAUUGUAGCUUUUUUUUAUGGUUGGUUCCCGUUAUCAGUCAGUAGUAUGUUGAGAUAAACCAGCAGAUGAUGCCACCGUAUCAAACCACAGGAAAUGAAGCUGUAGUCAUUUAUAAUCAAAUUGAGUCUUGGAUAUUUAAUUUAUUUUGCUAAAAGUAUGUAUCAAAAUUUUAUUUUUCAGAGUAAGGUGUUUUAAAUAUAUGUAAUGUUAUUAAAGUAUUCUGUUGUGUAUAGAACAUUUUGAGUACUUUGUCACUCAGUUUAAUCACAUUUAGUUCCUGCCAAUAUUUAUGGUAUUUCUGUAUGGAAUUGGUUAUUUGACAAUCUUGUAUGAUAUAUUUUGUUCAAAGUUCAAAAACUAAACUCAUAAAAAGUUUGAUGGUUUGGUAGUUUGAUUAAAUGACCUGAAACUUA